UCCCUAACGAAAAAAUCCCACCCAUACCGCGCGAGGUCCCCCCGACCUCCGCACACCCCCUCUUCCGGGGCUGUGCCGGCCAUGUCCCUCCCCUUCUACCACCACUUGCCCCCGCCGCCACCUCCUCCGCCGCAGCCGCAUCCGCUCGUGCCAGAACCGCCUGUGAAUCCGUCGCCGCUCUACAAGCAGCGAUCAUGGUCGCCGGAUAUCUAUCGAGACGAGGCGUGGUUGAAGCGUAAAGGAAAAAGUAAGAACCGAAGGAGCAAGAGCGUCACCGAAGAGGAUCUCGACGAGCUUAAGGCCUGCAUCGAACUAGGCUUUGGCUUUGACUCCCCCGUUGCCGAUCAGCGAUUAUCCGAUACCUUACCGGCUCUCGGUCUUUACUACGCAGUGAAUAAGCAGUACAACGACACCGUUUCGAAGUCCACAACUUCGUCAAUAUCCGACUGCGAAUCUCCCUCUCCCACGGGCAGCCCUCACACUAUAUUCCACCCAAGUGAUAAUCCACAGACGGUGAAGACAAGGUUGAGACAAUGGGCGCAGGUGGUUGCGUGCUCGGUACGGCAAUCCUCCAGCGGAUAGGUGAUGUUUUGAUACCAAGGUUAAGUUUGAAAAGGGACUAGAAUUAUCAAUCAAUGUAACCAAACAUCGACUUUCAACUUUGUUUGAUAAUGAUUUUCUGCCACCCACCUACUUGUUUGGCUGGAUGAUGAUUGCCAAUUAGAGAAAGGAACCACCCCCUAGAAGCAACCAAAAAACAAAAAGGGAAAAAAAGCAAAAUUAAACGUUUUUGUUAGAUGGAAAACCAAUUGGGCACCCAGACGAUUGACCUUUUUUCUCCUUUCUCCUUUUUUUUUACUUCAAUUUGAAAGAUCUUUAGAUUUGCUGUCAUGGGUUUUGUUUCUCCUUCAAUUUAGUGUUUUAGAUUAUUCUGUGUUGAUAUAUGAAAAUUAGUUGUGAGACUGAAAAUUGUCAAAAGCUGUUUUUGCUUGAUUGAAUAGAUUGAUUGUUUUACUUGACAGAUUA